UUACUUUACUUUGUUCUCAAUUCUCUUAAGAUAAUUUUAAAUCUCUUUCUUUCUAUUUAUUGUUGUAAUUUAAUUAAUUUUCUAGAAAAUAGUUUUAAUUACUUGAGUUUCUUCGCUCUACCAGCGUCCAUCUCAAUUCUGCUCAUCUGUUUGACUCCGUCAUCAUCUUUAAUAAUUGGAUAAAGGAGAAAAUGUCUGAGUCUGAAAUGAUUAGAAAUGACAAAAAUGAAGCCAAAUAUUCAUCAACAACUCAAAAAGUUAAUAAAAAUAAGGUUAAAGACUCAAAAGACUCGAAUUCAACUAUGAAUGGUCCUGGUGACGACAAAGCCUUGGAUUAUUCUGCAUCAACAUCAACUAGCAUCGGCAGUAACGAUGCACGUUUUCUUGACGAUAGUGAUUAUGAAGGUGUUCAAAUUUUAUUAUCCAUGAGAAGUAGAGUUUUCAACUGUAAAUGUGGUGAAUAUCUAGAUUCCAUUAAAACCUGGAGUGAACACCAAAGAAUAUGCUCUGAAUCGACGGAGAAAACCUCAGCUCACCGUGAAAAAUGUCAACUUUGUAACAAGACAUUUUUGACUUGCGUUGCGUUAAAUAUUCACAGUACAAAGAAACACAAUAAGAGGAAAAUCCGAACUGACUCUGUGAUGCAUUGUCCAUGUGGUCAAAGUUUCACAGCCAAAUGGAGGCAAAACUGUGUCCACAAACUAAAUAGUCAUGGACGACAUUGUAAAGCAUUUAAAGAACGAGAGACUCAAUGUUCAAUCUGCAAGAAGGGCUUCAUCAAUCGGAAGAGUCUCGAAUAUCAUGGACUAAAGGCUCAUAAAUUGGCAGUGCCAGUCAAUAGUUAAAAUGAUCUGCAAUCAGUUUAAAGUUUGCAGGUGAAUGUAAGGUGUUUGAAAGUGUGUAUUUAACAACCAAUUCUCUUUUUACCCUUUAAUUAAUGACAACAAAAUGAAUGACAACAGGUACUAUCAGGACUUGGAACUCUGGGAAUCACAUAAUAAUUAAUUAAUCUGCACCUUUACCUUUGAUUGGAAUCACUUUUGAUACCAAUCAGUUUAUUAUUUGAAGAAAAUCAUCUUCUGUAAGUGAAGGAUAUUAGUAAAUUAUUUGGGUUUCAGUCGAUUGUUUACCUGAAAAAAAGAAACAAUUUAUUAGAAAAUAAAACGAAAAAUCAACAACAACAAAAA